AUGGCAGAUGAAGAAAUAAAUGGAGAUACCGAUGAUAUCCAGCAUGACAAAGAUAAAAACCAAAAGAAAACUGCAAAACACGAUAGCGGAGUAGCAGAUCUAGAAAAAGUUACAGACUAUGCAGAAGAAAAAGAAAUAUCAUCUCAAGAUAUAUCGGGUGCCCUUUCAUUGAUUGGUGAUAGAAGAAAUAAAGAAGCAGCAGAAAGAUUGGAAAAAGAAAAAGAGCUUCAAAAAGUUUCAGUUAAAAAAGAAGAUAUUGCACUAAUUGUAAAUGAAAUGGAAAUCUCAAAGUUUUUAGCAGAGAGAACACUAAGGGAACACAGAGGUGAUGUUGUUGCUGCAUUAACAACACUUACAAAUUAA